GGGUGGAGCCAGCCAGUCUAGUCGGCAGCUUCUACAGGGGCACACAGGCAGCGAGGAAGGUCCCCGUCAGCUUGAGUAGAGACGAGCGAGCGAGGCAGAGAAAUAAGCCAGGGAGCGGGCGGUAGAUUGUUCCUCACCUUUUUCUCGUCUAAGCUAACGUCAGAGUUAAAUACACAGCAGAUCUGAGCAGGAAGAGCAGGGGACCGAAACACCGCCAUGCUUGGGUCCGUGGUUGGGUUCGCCUUCAGUCUUCUGUUGGCGUCGUCUGCGGCCAAGACAGUUCAGACCUACGAGAACCAAAAUGUUACUACGAACAGUGACUCAUCGGGUCCGGAUUACAUGACCACUCUGUUGAAGAGUGCUCUUAGAGGCGUUGGAGGAGACAUGGCGGAAAAUGUUGGCUCGAUGCUAUUGCCGACGAUCCUGCAGCAGCUCCCUGAUGCUGACGGUCUGAAGACUAUGAUUACUGACGGCAUGGGAGUUCACGAAGACUUUCUCAAGCCUCUCCUUAAGCUUUUCGACGGGAUGAAUAAGCUGGACGGGGCUUCAUUGCGAGCUUUUGCUGACGGGAUGGACUUUAUCGGUGGAAACAGCAUCAUGGAUGGUGAAGGCGGCGUCGAUGGGGCUGUGAACGACUUAAACACAGAGACGACCAUAAACAAUCAAUUUCUGGAUUUAGUCAAGGACGUCUUUGGAGAUGAACUCAAGGGAAUGACAUCCCUCUCCUUAUCUAAAACCACCGAGGGUUCCGGGGACAUGACAGAUAGCUUUGGGAAUCUUGAUGUAACUCCAACCAGCGUGUGGAUGCUUGUCAAAUCUACCUGGCAGCGGGUACUGGCUUACGUGGAGGAAGAGAACGCUCUAUCGUACUUCAUGCAGUUGACGCCCGUGAGGAUCAUCGACCGAGUACUGAGCCUGGGAGACGACCUCAACCUCAUGAACUUCCUGGCUAAGAAACUAGACAAGGACUUUGCAGAGUUCAUCUCGGAGGAGGUCACCCCGUUCCUUGGACCUCUCAAGAAUUUUGACAGCUUCUACAACUUUACUAAAGAAAACGGCUUCAGCGGCGUUUUCGACUACUUCAAAAGCAAAAAUUUCGGCUACACCAUGACCGCAAUGUCUCGCUUCAUAUCGGCUUACUUCGACGACACUUUCUCAGACGAUGUCGCCGACGAGUACAUCGCCUUCAUCUCCUUCAACAACCCCGACCUGUACAACUUCUACAGGUCACUUUUAAGGAGCCAGAAGAAGACCGAAGGAAGGAAGUAUGAUUCCAGUGCCGGCAGGAGAGUAAAGAGGGAAGACUUCGCAAAAGCAGCCAGCACUUUCAAGUUCAAUGGUUACGACUUCCAGCCGAAAGAUGAAGCUGAAUCUGGUCGAGAAUUGGCCGCUAGAGACAGCGGGUAUGGAGGUGGAGGACACAGUGACGGCGGUGGCGGCGGUUAUGGUGGCGGUGGUGGUGGCGGCUAUGGCGGUGGUGGAGGCGGAUAUGGUGGUGGUGGAGGCGGAUAUGGUGGUGGUGGCGGCGGCUAUGGUAGUAGCGGAUAUGGAGGAGGUGGCUAUGGGAGCAGCUAUGGUGGUGGUGGCGGUGGCUACGGCAGCAGCCAUGGCGGCGGCACCACGAUGAUAGACCCAGCUGUGGUGCUUAGCUCUGUGGCCAUUGGGGCUCUCUUGGGCUUCCUGCUCUUCAGGCUGAUUCGAGGAACAGGGAACGGGAGGCGAGACAUCGGGGACGGGUCUCUGUCACUCUGGCUCUCUGACUUGCCUGACAAAGUCUUACCCUGGGGCACCAGCGUCGAGCGCAUGAAGCGAGACGCCCACAACUUCAACAAGACGGGGGAGGAGGAGUUCUCCCUGCCAGACUCACUACGGGGCGACGUCUGGUCUUCUGAUCCUCUGGUCGGCGACAAUCUUCUGGCCGACGAACUUGAGGAAGACGACAUCGCGGACCAGCUGAACCACCUGUGGAGGGUGUACAAACACAGCAAUCAGACCACCUGCGUUCAGUCCCGCCUGUGUGACGUCAUUGCCAACAGCACAGCAGAACAGCUGACUGGGAAGGACUCCAGUAUGGCCCUCUUGAUGGCCUCUGUGAGCAACCUGAUGGGCGUGGUCGGGCCAGGUCAAAUGAUGGAUGACGUCAUACAGACCCUGGUGGUGGGCAACCCCUACAGCUGCCCGUCUGUCUCUCAUUGUCAGUUAUUGUAGCGGUAUCCAGGGUCGUCUUCGUACAUCUUACUAGCGAGUGACUCUUCACAAGCAAGUUUGUAAUAACCUCUACGACUACUGUCUUCCUCUAAACGUUUCUGAAGAUUCUCUGUGACUUAUUAACUUUCCUAUGUGACCAUGACCCAUCUGAGGAACAAUGAACGUAUCUGAAGCAACCCCAGAAACUACGAACUCCCUCUAUGAACGUUUCUGAUAUAUUUCUACGAUGACCAACGAUUGUGUGGGAUGUCUACAAUCGCUCACGUUUCUGGUGGACUCUGGCGGCUGCUUCCUCCCUCGCUCAUUGUGGCAGCAAAAUGUUUCUUUCAGGCAUCAACCUCCUUUGACGGAGUUACCUGUUAAUUCACUUACUAAUUUAUUUACUAUUAUUAUGUGUUUAUUUAUUUAAUCGUCGCACAUAGAUUUAUUUAUUUGAAUCACUUAUUUAUUUACAUUCAUCACCUCAUACGUUCAUACGCACAGACAUACACCAUAUGGUUAGUUAAACUUAGGUACAGAAUAUUCUUUAAAACAAUAAUUUUUCACCUUAUCAAUUAUUAUAUUAUGACCGGAUGUAUUUAUUAAAUAUAAUGAAUUGAAAAUAAAAAGUAUUAUGGAAAUUCUUUUGUCAUCAUUUUGUAACUGAAAAAAUACGUAUUUUUAUAAAAAUUACUGUUGUUAGUUACAUAUUAUAUACAUGUAGGUUUAUACUUAGUUGUAUUAGCUGUGUUGUAUUGCAUAUUUCACUGGGUAAUAAACAAAAUUAA